AUGUCAUCAGUGGCAAACAAUCACGGUGCCUUUGCUCAGCAAUCCCUCAUAUCCCCACAGAAGCCCCCAACUCCAGGCAAUGUUCAAAUGCCUUUCUACAAACGUGACGCAGGGGGAAAUUCUGACCCAGAUUGUUACCCCACUGAGCCACCAAUACGGCAGCGGCAACAUGACUACACAGGAUGGUCUCCGCUUCCCGCAGUAAACUCCCCCCAGUGGAAUGAGGUGUCCUGCGACACAACAACGUCCCACACAGGCGGACUUCCAGCUGCCCACAGCCUCUUAGCCUUCCCCCCGAAAAGUGAUCCCUCCUCUGUCUCCUCUACACUUCCAACUACCACUGUCAUAACUAACCAGAACGGGAAGACUUUCACAGCUCCUACCUCUUCCACAACCCCGGCCGCAUAUCGCUAUGACGAACAGCAGCAGCAGCAGCAGCAAUAUCCACCACAGUACACCCUCAAACGAGGUUCCUCCUAUAGUGGUCCAAGGCCUUCCUAUUUGGAUGGCACAGCUGGAGUGAUGACUCCUAUGGAAUAUGUAGACAAUCGGGGUGAUCCAUAUCACAGCAAAUCUACCGCCUUCCAACCUCUUACAACAACACAUCAGACGGAUUUGCAGUUUCCUCCUUACCGAUAUAACAGUGGGCGAGGAGACAAGACAACUAUUUCAGUCAAUGGAUUACCGUCACGAGCUAAAAUACCUAGGCGAUUUCCGCCAGCAGAUUCGACUGCUGGAUCACCGCCAGCCAGUCUGGCCUCUUCUGACGGCGAGACGACCACCAGUUCCUCGGCAACAAGAGGAACCAGCUCUAUUUCAACAACUGCGGUUGGCUCGACGACGGUGGCUGCACAGCAAAGGCGACCUCGGAAGCCAGCGCCAACUCUCGCUACCGGCCGAAGAAAUCUCAAAUCAGAGCCAGUAAGCACACGUACACGAUUGGGGACAAAAUGCCUAAAUAUGCACAUAUGCGUUGACCCCGAUGAAGCCGACAGGAGGAUGAAGCGGCGUGAGCGAAACCGGAAGUCGGCGCAGAAGUGCCGUGAGCGGAAGCUCCACCGUACCCAGGAGCUCCAGGCCCAAGUCGAGGGUCUCAAUAUGGAGGCGAGCCGACUGCUUCGCGAGGUUGAGGGAUGGCGUGACCACGCCCGCCGGUGUGUGGAGCUGCUUCGCCAGCACUGUCCAGGCGUCGCAGUUCCGUACCUAUCUUGCCUCAUAGAGAGUUCCGAGGGAUAUCUACUGCCGUCCACUGUUAACACGGUUAGCACUGCAACCUCGAUAGACCCAGAACCCCUCACUUUCUGCGAUGUGGUUGAACAGCCGGACGGAGGCUUCUACAACAAGGGUGGAGGUGGUGGUGGUGACUUCAGUGGUCCAGGACCCGCCGGGACUGCAUCAACCGCAUGGACUGGGCGAGCGUUUUCACAAGUUGCUUCCCAACUCCCUCCGCUCUCACAGUUUGUUCCAACCCCCCCACCACCACUACCACUGGUUCCCUCAUCCGCAACUUCUGUAGUCGUGAAGUCAGAACCACCAUCGGGUAGUUACUGGAAGAGCGAUGAGGCUAUUGACUCCUUUUUGUCGGAGGUGAACCACGAGGGGCAUGAAGCGGAAUGGAAGACGGAGAACGACACAGACUCCUCUUCGGGGUGCGGGGCCCCCCCGCGACUCAACACGCCCAACACCAACGACGGAGACAAGGCAAGCAACCUGAGCUCGUCAUUAUAG